AUGAUCAGCAUGAGCCAUCUGGCAAUCAUGUAUCGACUACAAGGAAAGUUAGUACAGGCGGAGAACUUGGAAACGAUAGUGCUAGAAACGAGAGAAAGACUACUGAGAGCAGACCAUCCAGACACGCUGACCAGUAUGAGCAAUCUGGCAUCGACAUAUCAACGACAAGGAAAGUUAGCACAGGCGGAGGACUUGGAAACGAGAGUGCUAGAAACGAGAGAAAGAAUACUAGGAGUAGAUCAUCCAGACACGCUGAACAGUAUGAGCAGUCUGGCAUCGGCAUAUCAACGAUAA